UGCUCAUGUCACUCAGUAUUAUGGACGUGAAGUGUAUUGUGUAAAUUAAAUGUAAGAAACAAAUUAGUGUACUUAGAGGUUCGAUUUUCCCAUAAAACUGAGCAAACCUGAAUUUUGCAUGUGUAAAAAUCGUAAGAAAAAAUUGAUUUUAGUUGCUCUUUUGACUCGUCGAUGAAUUUCCGUCAGACAAUCGAGGACGACCUUCGACCUGGCAGUUUUCGGUAUAUUUGACAAGCGCGCACAGGCAAGGCAAGGCUAGGCAAGUUAAAUGUCAGUUUGAUAUUGAGGUCCAGAAAGAAGUAAUAUUUCUGGAAUAAAAAACCUUUUUUGAAUUAUGCAAAAAGUGGCGACCUAUUUUAUCUAAAGGUCAACAAUUAAUUUUCGUUCUGACACCAUUUUUAAAAACUGAUAAGAAAUGUUGGAAUGGGCUUACGAUGGAGUGAACAGUUCAAUUCCUCGCAAUUCAGGACCAGAAUGUGCCAAUUACAUGAGCCCUAGACGAAGAUUAAUUGAAACCUUCUGUGUUUCAAUAUUCAUAAUAUUUUGUCUCUCGUGGGGCUAUAAAAGGAUUAAAUUGCCUAAGCCAAUGCCCUAUGUUAACCAAGAUAGAGUCGGAAAAAGGGUUCUAUUAAUUGUAAUGUCUCUCGUAUUGGGUAUGGAAAUAGGUUUUAAAUUAACUAGUCGAACCUUUAUUUAUUUUAUGAAUCCUUGUCACGUCCACACGAUCGCCCAGUUGUACUUACUAGCAGCAGAUCCUAGUCCAAUGGCGACUGCGGUUUUUAGGGUGCAAAUGAAUUAUCUCAAUGGGCCGUUACUAGCCUACGUAUUUCCAGAGACUGAAUCUCGAAACAUUUUUGCUGACAAAGCGUGCUACUAUGUUCAGCAUGGUUUGAUGGUAGUAAUUCCCUAUUACCUGCUGAGGCUCGGAGGAGCUUAUAACGUCGAACCUUUCAUGGAUUUGAGUUGGCCAGUGUUUAGUUACGGGUUGAAUCUGGCAUACCACUUUUGGAUUCUUCAAGCAGCUGCUUUGCCUGUGCAAGUGAACUUAAACCACAUGCUGUGUCCGGCACUCUUGGACCCAUUCGAAGGUCAAUACUAUCGUCUCUGGGCAACCGCUCAUCAAUCUCUACUGUGUCCUCUUCUGGGCAAAGUAUUUUGCCUCGCAGCUAACUUCUUUCUAACGAAGUUCCCUGUCACGAAAAUCAAACCAACACUCGAUCACCCGAUUUCGAGACAAGGUGCGAUUCCCGACAAAAUUGGAACUCAGUCGAUUUCCGAUGGUUGUAUAAAUGGUCACACACACGUCGAUUAAUUUUAGGUUGCAGUAGAAUUAAAAAUUUAUUUAAUGUAAUUCAAUCGAAUUAUAAAUGUUGAGCCUUCUGUGAUUCCUGAAUCUAUAAUCACAAAUACUCAAGAUAGUAGAAGUCGUUAGUCUUUCUCGGCUGCAAAAUAUUUUUUUAACGCAUCUUCCAUUCGAAGAUUAUUUGAGAUAGAUAACGUUCGUGUAUAAAUAAUACACGAUUCUAAAAGAUAAAAUCUGUAUAAAAAUAAGAACCAGUAUAAAUCUAAAAUGAUUUAAUCAUGUAAAAUACAGUAUGAAAACAGAAUCUUUUUUUAAGAUAGAAUCUUCUAAUAGAUUUAGAAUGGAACUACAUUUAAACAUAUAGGUAAUCCAUUUUGGGAACCAUAAAGGAUUUUGAAAAAUUUAGAUUACCUAUAAGAAAAGGAAAUCGUCGGCAUUUUCUUUAAAUGAAAAAAUAAAUUUAGGAUAGCAUUAUUUUACGAAAAUAAGUCCUAGUCAUCCACAUAGUCUGUACAAAUUAAAGAUAAAACUGUGAAUUCUGGUCAGACCUUGUAAUUAUCAUAUUUAGCAUUUAAAGAAAAGUUCCGUAGACAGAUUUUAUGAUUCAUUCCACCUUUUUAAAAUAAUUUAUUUACCUUCAUGUCAUUCUCCCACUUGAAAGUUGGGUAAGCCUUCCGUAUCAAAAUGAGCGUCAAGAAUAAUCAAGAGUUUAUGGUAAUAUUUUCCUAAAAAAACAAUCAAGAAUUUAUGGCACUAUUUUUCUCUCAAAAAUGACAAGUCCAUGUUAUUUAGUACUUAUAUGAUAUUUUUUUAUAAGUAGGUAAAUUUCACUGUAACAGAUUUUUUUAGCUUAGAGAAAAUUACAUUUGUUCGAAUCAAUGACGAUUUUAGAUUCUCGAGUCUUUAGAUGCAAGAUUUCAAGAGUUGAAUCGUCGAAGUCUCUUUAUUAUACGAUACUUGAAGUAGCAUUUUAGAAUCGAUCGAUUUUUGAAAUAUGAACCAUGUGGUGUAGGAAUUUCGAAAACUUAUUUGUUAUUCAAUGAAAUGCUACUCAGUCAGUAUGGCAUAUAUUUAUUGUAUCACAGUAUGCAUACUAUUAUACUUGUUAAAAUAAAAUUUAACCACAAUCAAAAGAUCUUGCGAAAAAAUGUAAGGAAAUAAAGUGAGCUAUUAUAGAGAGAUGAAUUAUUAUUUUUUUAAAGUUUUUAUUUCUUAACAUUUUGUUUAAUAUUUUUAAAAAAUGACGGAGAGAAUUAUUUGUUUUAAUUCGUGGAGUAACUAAGAGGGGAAUUUUAAUUCUAGAAGCAAAAUAUGUCCAGCACAGAGAAAUUAUUCAUCUCUCUAUAAUUUUUAUCUUCAGUUAUUGUUCAACCAGAGUUUCGUCACUCAGAUUCCCUCUCAUUUUCCUUUUAGCUUUUAUAAAAAAAGUGAUAGAAGUUCUUUGACAAGAGCAACGUAUUUAAAUCAUUUAUUUUCAAAAUUUGAUUUAAGAAUGUUUGAUUCUUUAGGUUCUUACAAAUUCUGUUUAAUUUUAAUUGGUUAAACUUGAAUUUGUUUAUUUUAAUGCUUUACAUUUGAAGCCAAAAAAUUGUUGGAUGUCACAAUUUAUAAUAUGUAAUUAAAUUUGGGGGUCCUCAAUUGAAACUAUUUUUGAUGCUAUAAGCUGUUAAGUUAAAAUAACAUCAUCUGUGACGCGUGAAACUUGCGAAUUAAAGUGAAAUUAUUUGAAAA